AUGUUCAUUGUCAACCUUCCCUCACUCACAGCCCUCCUCGCCUUAUCGACCCAUACCCUCGCAAAUGGAAUCCCUGUCGUCGUCUCUCCUGGUCUCAACGUCUCUUCCAACGCCAACGUGACAGCCCACAUCCCCUCGUGCACAAACCUCACCAACAAUGCCCCUAGCCCCUACUGCUAUACUAAGCUGCAAGAAACAGCCUACCUCACAAACUGGAACCUGACAUCCCCAGAAAUCUGCGCCCCGGACGAGCUCUGGUCGACAUGCUUCCUGCGUUCGAUAUACGGAAAGCCGGGUCCAAACUGCACCACCCUCACCAACGACACCAAGACCUGCGAGCAAUACAACUGCACCUCGUUGUCGCUAAGCUCGGCACUGUGCCCUGAGCCAACGGCGUCAAACGCCACGUCAAACGCCACGGCAGAAUCCGCCGAGGAAUGGUACGGCGCCUGGAACCUCUACGCCCUCCAGCACCACAUCGCGACCUGGUCCGCCGCCCUCGCCGCCGACACCUCCACCAAAGCCAUCCUCGCCGCCGUCCACCCUCGCACCCCCAACACCGCAACCUCCCUCCUCACGACCCUCAUCCCCAAAUACGGCCUCAACACCAGCACCGUCGCCGACGCCGCCUUGGUCCGACUGCUCGCGCUGCCGACGGGGAGGCCGGAGCCCGCGUACGGGAACGCGAGGGGCCGGGGCGAGAGGAGCUCCUUGUCGGGGCCGCAGUGGCAGGUGGCGCUGCGGACGCGGUUGGGGCAGGUGUUGGAUCUGGCGAUGGGGCGGUCUGGGGAUUUUUUGGGGGCCGUGGAGGGUGGGGGGUAUAGUGCGAGGGGGUUGGCGAGUGUGGGGAAUUUGACGAGGAGUUUGAGGGAUGGUUGA